AAGCAAAUACCUACCGAGGACCAGAGACGAAACGGAAUACAUUAAAUUGAAAUUAUUUUUUUAUUCUCACUACUUUGGAUCAUUUAUUUAAAAGCCAUUUAAAAGGUGGGUGGAUAUAGAACGGUGAUCUGCACCCUCCUCUUUUUUUUUGUUUUUCUACCUUUUUAUUCCUUGGGAAAGACGGACUUCUCAAGUGCAUCAUUAUGUUGAACAAUAUGGACUUGAACGCGAAAGAUUCUUUUUAUCCUCAAUUUGAAAAUUGCAACACUUCCUCCCUGGGGAUGGAAAACGGCGUGCGGAAAGAUAAUAACCAGGAGGUGUUCGUCGAUGCAGAACGAGGGGUACCUGCCCAGUUUGGCCACGAAGGAACCCCUGCAACCCUAAAAACGGAGGCUUCCAACUCGGAGUACGCUUUCAACCACUGCGAGUGCCCAAAAGACGCAUACACCCCCUCCUCCUCCUCCUCCUCGCUCGCCUACUCCGGCAGCUUCUAUGUUGAGGCAUCUCAGGGAGCGCCCUGCAGCACUGAAACACUCCUCAACAUGAUCACUGAGAUCGUAGGCAUAUCCACCCUGCCGCUCUCAGAGGUGCAGCAGAACGGCAACUGCAGCCGGGGGACCUACCCCUCGCCCGGGCCUCCUGAGAGCAGCUCUGGUGGCUUUGGAGACUCAAAGAGGCAGCCGUACACCUGUUCUGGAACCGAUCCAAACCAAGCCCCGCAAGACAGCCAGGCCCAUCAAGACCCGUCCACUUCCCAGUUCGGCUUUCAGAAGAAGCCAGAACCAAAGUCGGAGGCCGCUUCCUUCCCCGUUGUGGUUAAGAAUGAGUUUGAAAGCAGCUGCUAUGAGUGGGGGAGCUUUAACAAUAAGUCUGAGUGUUUGGAGACCACUUUCCACACAGAGACGUUUCCCAUGUCAAAUGAUUUCCCACCUGAUCAGCAAAUGGACGUUAAGGACCUCUUGGAGACCUUUCCCCCAAUUUGUCCCAACCCAGAGAUGGAAUUUAAAGUGGAGGGCGGGAUUAAGCAGGAGCCCUGUUUCUCUGACACCUGUUCCCAGAGUUACUCCAGUCCCCUUUAUAAUUACCUUCCACCACCACCACCAAUGGGCCUGAAACCCUUCCCAGAACCUCCGCCGCCAUCAAACCAGUGCGACUCUCUCUACACAUCACCAGCCUUACCUAGCACCAUAGACUCCAUCCUGUACUCCUCCCUGCUGCCGGACUCCUUCCCGCAAACUUACACCAACCGCGCGGUGAAGACCCCCGGCAGCAGGGCAAGGAAGAGCCCCGCCGCCUCCUCCCACGGCCCGGCCAAGGAGAAGCCAUUCACCUGCCCCAUGGAGAGCUGCGACCGGCGCUUCUCCCGCUCCGACGAGCUCAACCGGCACAUCCGCAUCCACACAGGCCACAAGCCCUUCCAGUGCCGCAUCUGCCUGCGCAGCUUCAGCCGGAGCGACCACCUCACCACCCACACCAGGACUCACACCGGGGAGAAACCCUUUUCCUGCGACGUGUGCGGCAAGAGGUUCGCCCGCAGCGACGAGAGGAAGCGGCACGGACGCGUUCACCUGAAGCAGAAGGAGAAAAUGGAGAUAAAGCCGCAGGGGACCGCCGGGGCAUGGCCGUUUAGUCUUCCUGAGGGGAUAUGAAAAUUGCGCCUUUUUUUGUCUGGGGGAAUAAAAUGUUGAAAGAUUAAGCCAGACUGAGUCGGUUUUGCUUUGCAAAACAGAGUCAGUAACCUCAGAGGUUUUUUUUUUUUAGAGGAGCAGAGAGGAGGGAAAGAGCCUUACAGCGUGUUGCUGCUGACUUUCUACAGCCAUGCCAAAGCUGCACAAGUCGGCUAGCAGAUCAACAGAGACUUGUUGCUUUAACUUUCAGAGGUGCCAAAGCCUCUGUGCUCUGCACUGCAUGACUGGCCUGUUUCAGCACCUCUUCAAUCUGGACAGCUCCAGCCUCCAUUUGCCUCAGAGCCAUGGGUGGAUUGCAUUUACAGAUUAUAAAUGAUGACUAUUUCCAUUUACAGAUUCCUUAUUUUCUGCUUUUAGCAUUCGUAGAGCAAUGAUUUUAACCUAUGUUUUCUUCAAAAACAAAAUGCAUGUUUGUGUCAAUGUUUUAUUUCCCUUGACUGGAAAAUCAGCCACUCUACGCCCCUCACUUAUCGAAGGGAAGGGUUUUUUUUGACAUGAAUGUAUGGUUUUGACCAUGAAGCUGUUCAUCUUUGAUCAGUUUAGUGUUUUUAUCUUAUUCUUAUCAUUUUACUGUCAAUGUUUUUCGUCACUGGUCUUUGUGUUGUGUUACAAUUGUUUGGAUUAUUACAGUUGUGGAAGAUAUAUCAUAAAUGGGAAAUAAAUAUAUUUGUAUCAAUGUACCUCUUUGUAUUUUUAUAGAUUAAGUGUAUAUUUGACAGUUAAUCCUAAAGUGAAAUGUAUUCUUAAUCAUAAAUAAUGUCUGGAUUUUUUUGAGGGCUAUUAUUUAGUAACACUAUUUUAAAUGUUACAAUUUGAUAUGAGAAAACCCUUUUCGCACGUCAUUCCUUUAUUGGUAAGAUAGAGAGAGUUGUCUCAAUGAAUCGUUGAUCUUGAUUUUAAAUGGGAAUAUGUCCUUCAGUAAAUUAGACUCUUUUACAGUUUGUACAGAUUUACAUUCAGCGAAGCUAGAAGUUCCUAGCAAACCACAUAAACAUUGCUUUUGAGUAAUCCGGUAGCACACAUUGCUGCGAGUCUCUGUAGACUGUAGAUUAAAGGGUUUUUGACUCCUGAUAUCUUUUGCUGAAGGUACUGUUUUGCUGAAAUGUUCACUUUAGCAAAAAAUAAAUAAAUAAAAAAGAAAAAAACAAAUACAAUAAAAAAUGUUGAAGCAUUUGGUGAAAUUGUCACCAACAGGGUAUUGCAAAAACAAGUAAUUGAACUCGCCUUAAGUUAUAUUAACUGUUCAAGUGAAGAUUUUGUACAUAGAUGAUUUCUACAAUAUAUUACAUUAAUAUUGAUGUUGUUAUUUUUAUUAAAAGUUUAUGAAUAAAAUAAACAUUUUCUGGAA